AUGAAUGGAACGGAAGGAGCGGAACGGACUAGGACAAACAAAACACCGCUGAUCAUCGAUGGUAAUGCUGCCACACCAUCAAACGAAGUGUCAUUGAGUGGAUUGCGAGUGGCUGGUAACAAGAUAGUGAAUGGUGAAGGCAAGGAGGUGUUCCUGAGGGGCGCAAAUCGUCCCGGUACUGAAUACUCUUGUGUCCAGUUCAAAAAGGUGUUUGAUGGACCUGUCGACGAUAAACAUAUCAACGCCAUCAAGGAUUGGAAUCUAAAUGUGAUCCGUGUGCCACUAAACGAGGACUGCUGGCUGGGCAAGAAUGGCAAGGAGACUACAUACUUUGGAGCAGGCUACAGAAAUGCCGUCACCAACUACGUAACAUCACUCACCGCCAAGAACUUUGCGGUGAUCCUCGAUCUACAUUGGGUCGGAGAUGAAGGUGGCAAGAUGCUCGCAACCAAACAGAUCCCAAUGCCCAAUCGCGAUCACUCACCAAGCUUCUGGAAGUCAGUUGGCAAGACAUUCAAGUCCAACUCACGUGUGAUAUUCGACGCCUACAACGAGCCAUAUCCAUAUGGCAAUGCAUGGGACUCAGAGGCCGCCUGGCAAUGCUGGCAGAAUGGUACCGAGUGUGGACCAGACCUGACUUACCCUGCAGCUGGCAUGCAGCAAUUGGUCGAUGCCAUCCGUUCAUCUGGUGCACCAAACAUCAUUCUCCUGUCUGGCAUUCAGUACGCCAGCUCCUUGACCAAGUUCGAGCAAUACCUACCAGAGGACUCGCUAUCCCAACUGGUGCCAGCAUUGCACGCUUACGACUUUAACUACUGUCGCUCCAAGGGUUGUUGGGACGUCUACCUUAAGCCAAUGCUCCAGAAGUUUCCCUUGAUCGCCACUGAGACUGGACAGAAGGACUGCCUGUCAGAUUUCACCCAGGACUUUAUGCACUAUUGUGACCAGAACAAGAUACAUUACUUGGCGUGGUCAUGGAUGGUGGCCAACUGCAGUGAUCCAGCUCUGCUCAAGACUUGGAACGGAGAGCCAUCCAACUUUGGAAAGGGCUACAAGUACCAUACAGUUACCAUUGGCAAGGGCAAGGAUCCAUUCUACACCGACACCUUUGACAUAUUCAAUGACAAGGCUACACAUUGGGUCGAUGACUGGUCAUCCGCAGAGCACGCCUUCAACUGCACAGCACCAGUGUUCGAGGGCAAGUACUCGAUCUCAUAUGAGCCAAAGAAGUACAAGUCCAUCUUCUUCAUGUGUUGGGGAUGUAUCAGCACGACACUUCACCGCACUGUUGAGUUCUACGUGCAUGGUGGUCAUGAUGGUGGCCAAGACGUCCAGUUCCAGCUUGUAAACCUCAACGAGGACCAGACGGUCAAGGUCCAGCAUCAAUACUCUCUGGCAUCACUGAUAGGCACAGACGUGCCAGCAGGCAAGUGGUCCAAGGUGGUGGUCAAUAUGGAGGAUCUAGCCAAGGGCACGACAUUCGAUGGUAUCCAGUUCAUUCCCAACUCUGACCAGCCCGAUAUGUACCUGGAUCAGAUCACAGUUCGUGCCUACAUCGAUCCCAAGCCACCUGCAGACACUGGCGGAUCACAUGCAUUCAAAGUCAAACCAUUUCAUGCCCUCUACAUAAGCAGUGCACUUCUGGCUUCAUUGAUCGCUGUAUUAUUCUAA